AUGCCACCGGCUGGGCAACGAAAGAAAUAUAACGGCAGCGGAGCCAAGGUCGUCACGCAGCUGGAGGUCGCAGGGCCAGAUGAGGCGGAGGGAUGGGAGAGAAACCAGGACUUUCAGGACGUCGAGGGUGGACAUUGGGGUGGUGGAGAAAGACAGAAAGACGACCGACAGCAGCAUUGCAGCAGCUCUUGUGCAUUUCGGGACACGCAUCACACCCCCCAGGACCCCCAAAGCCGGCUCAAAAAAGGCGACAUCAGUAAGGCUUUGCUGCCUUGUCGACCUGCAUGGCGUGGCUCAAAACAGCCAAUGUCUGCUUUGCCCAGCUGA